AUGAAGGUCGCUGAGAGUUUCCUGCUGCUGCUGCUUGCCGCCUCCAGCUUUAUGGUUAAAAGCACCGCAACUUGUCAGCCAAAUAUCUACGACGCUCUGACAGAGAUGACUGCCUCACUGAUUGAGCAGAAGGUGGAAAUCAGACUCUUACAUGUGGAGAAUAAAGAACAAGCUGCAAAGGUGCAGAAACAGCAGGCAGAGCUGCACAGGCUGAAAAAACAGCAACAAGGCCGACAGGUGGCGUUCUCUGUCGCUCUGGUGCCUUCAGGUAGAGUGGUUCUGGGACCUUUUAAUGUCCCCACCACGCUGAUCUUCAAACACGUCCAGACCAACAUCGGAAACGGCUACAACAAACGCACAGGUAUUUUAACCGCACCGGUGAAGGGAGCGUACCACUUCGAGUGGCACGUCGGCACAAUUGCAGACAACAAACAUCCUUCAGCUGCCGCCCUCAUCAAGAACUCAGAGAUCAUCGGCAUGGCGUGGGAGGGGCAGAAGACCGGUUACGGGACGGGGUCCAACAGCGUCACGCUGCUCCUGGAGGUCGGAGACGCCGUGUUUGUUCGCCUGUGGCAUAAUACGAUGAUGUACGACAGUCUUUAUCACUACUACUGGUUCAGCGGUCAUCUGCUUUUCCCCAUGUGA